UGAUGUGCAACAGUACACAUUUGGGGACCACCGGCUGCAAUGUAGUCAAACUUGUGGGCCUAGUAGUAGCCUGUUUUUUUGUAAUGUAGUCCUAGUAGUUGCCUGGGAUUUUGUUGUCUCUUGAAGCUGCAGUGUAAACAUGUUUUGGCUUGCAUUCAAACUGAAGUAGCCUAACUUGUAAAAUACAAUAAUGUCCAAAGUCCACAUGGCUUUAAAGAAUACUCAUUCAUGGUUAUUACAGUCAUAUAUGAUGAUAUUGUAUCAGUGUAGUAAUUGCUGUGUAGUAAUCACUGAUAGGUUCAUUAUGCCAAUUUAGCCAGUAGUCUUUAUCAACCACAAAGUUCAACUGGUACACUCAAUAACGUUAUGUAUUUCUGAACAUUAGGUCAACUUAAUCUGUGUCUGGUCUUUUGUGUGGGCUGGGCUGGCCUGGAACAUCUCCUAAAUGUUUUGACAUUUCACAGUGGCCUUGCAUUUUCUGCUGAAAUGGCCUUAAGGCUUGUGGUGUAGGUCUGUCCAGCCGUUUCUGUGACCAAACUGGUUAUACAUAGCAUAGAGUUUGAGAUCAGCAAAAGGUAAAUUAAGUGCUAAAAAACGUGGUUAAAAAGUGCUAAAAGAACGGCACUUGUUACCAUGUAAUGAAUGCUGGUCAAAUGAAUGCCAUUCUUCCCUGCCCCAUGGCCACAAUUCAGGUAAUUAGGUUAGGGGGAGAUGUCAAAUUGUUGAUGCUAUGAUUAGAUAUCACAAGAGAAUUGUUAUCCGUUGUCAUUAAGGUUGUCACAAACAGGCUGUUGUCCAAUGUAAUGAAUAGCUUGAGUGAGUAGAUGUAGCCAAGCACAACAACCCAGCCUACCUAAAGCCUAAAAGAGCAACUGAUUUAUUUUUCUGUUUUUGCUAUUACCCAGGGCCCAUUAUAGAUGGUUCACCACACAGCAUUCCAGUUACUGUACAGUUACUGUUCUGCAAUUAAAUGUUUCUCAGUUUGAGAUUUUGUUAACCUAACUGGCUCAGCCUGAGAGUUGUAAUGUUUAACUUGUUAAAAUGACAGCACAUGGCUUUAUUACAACCACAGCCAGCCACACUGGAGACAAAACAUCACAAAUGUUACUCACUCAAAUAUAUCACGAGUGUUGAGUAAUCCAAUAAAAAUCACAACAUGCAUACCAUUAUAGGAUAUGCUCUGUGCAUAGCAGCUCUGGCUUUAUGAUGGACUUUUCCAUGAUUUGAAUGUAGGCACAGUACAGCCAAGUACAAUCAAUUUCAUAGUAAGGCUUGGGACAUACUUUAUUUUGUGGACAGGAUAGUUCCCCAAAUGUUUGUAAGCAUAAAGUCAAAGAAUUCUAUGAAAACUGUUAGACGAUGUCAGAAAAACCUCAUGUGCUGUAAAGGCCUUUUUUAUAACCUCUGGCCAGGACCUUGAAUCCAAGAGGAUGUGACUCAGCAGAUCCUCCCACAGACUUCUUUUUUUUUCCAUUCUUCCCUGCUUCACUCAGUUGUUUGGUGGAUUUAGUUCAGCAGAGCUAAGCAGUAUUUCUUCAUCUUAUUGUCUGCAACAUGGUAUAGACCUAGUUAUAGAAGAACUUAACUUUCAACACAAAAUGUUGUGACUUAUUUUGUGCCCCUUUGUUUUUGUGUUCAGUUAGUCUUACUGUGGGAAAGUUCGUGUCAAAAUAGAUGAGAAGUAGCCCAUCAUAUGUAGGCCUGCGUCUUUUUUGGUGAGAUGUCAGAUAUAAUGUUUGACAAUCAGUCAAACAACAUAGUCAAUACACGACGUGGUUUUGCAACGAGCAGUAGCCUAAAACGUCGAAUUCAGUCACACUGUGUCGCCCUCUCGUGUUCAUGGUCAUGAAGGAUUUAGUUUAGUAGCCUACUAUUUAUAGAAACUCAGUCGAUAUGUGUUUUGGUCUCUAGGACCUUGCAUAACUCUAUUACCUGAGUGCGUGAGAGUGUCCCUCGGUGCAUCGAAACUUCACGUCGCGAUUUACGGUAACCUUGCUGUCAGUAGAUGGAAAGGCAAUCUGGCAAUGAAAGUUUGGAACCUGUCCUUCCCGAGUCUGGCAUAGUCGCGGACAUUGAAGUGGAAGGCAUUCUCGCGUCUGAUUCUGACACCUUCUAUCAGCUGAAGAGCCAGCCGAUCUCUCUCAGUUCCUCUGUGACCCCAGCUGACCCGGCGCCGUCUCUCAGCACCACCAUGACGUCGCGGGUGCUGAUGCGGCAGGAGCUGAUGCGACAGCAGGCGCGCGACCAGGAGCGUCGUGAGGCCCAGCAGCAGGCCAACAGCGCCCAGUUCCGCCUUGCCACUGAGGCCACGCCCGCCAUCUCCAUGGCAACUAUUCUGCCCGCCUCCAGAGCCCCCGCGCAGGUGCCCGUGGAGGUGCUGAAGGUGCAGACUCAUCUGGAGAACCCCACCAAGUACCACAUCCAGCAGGCCCAGCGGUUGCAGGUGAAGGAGUACCUCUCCCACACGCUGGGCAACAACGUGGUCAUCCAGAAGCUUGGGGCCUCCCCAUCCACCAUCUCGGGCUCCGCCCCCGAGCUGGCCCCCGCAGCCAAUAGCACGCCCAGCAGCCCGAUGGCUGUGCUCAGUCUCAGCUCCGCCAAGGAAGAGAUUGAAGACGUCAUUGAGGACAUCAUCAGUUUGGAAUCCAGUUUGAACGAUGACUUCAUCACGUUGAUCGAUUCCAGCUUGCAGCUUCCCAACACGCUGCCAGUCUCGGGGGACCUCCUGGAUGUGUACAGCAGCGUGGGGAUGGCCGCCUCGACCAUCACCGCCAGCAACUCCUGCCCCGCCAACCUGCACCACGUCAAGAGAGAACUGUCGGAUGCAGAGGCCAAAGCACUUAUGAAGGAGCGGCAGAAAAAGGACAACCAUAACCUCAUUGAGCGCCGGAGACGGUUUAACAUCAACGACCGCAUCAAGGAGCUAGGUGCUCUCAUCCCCAAGACAAUUGACCCGGGGGACAGGGAUAUGCGCUGGAACAAGGGCACCAUCCUGAAGGCUUCUGUGGACUACAUCCGAAAGCUGCAGAAGGAGCAGCAGCGGGCCAAGGAGAUGGAUAUGAGGCAGAAGAAGCUGGAGCACGCCAACCGCAGCCUGCUGCUCCGCAUCCAGGAACUGGAGAUGCAGGCCCGUGUCCACGGCCUCUCUGCCUCCGCAGUGCAGAGCUCAGACCUCCUCCUGAUGCAGCAGCAGCUGCAGACGACGCCUCUGGAAGCCACGGGGGCCGACAGCCUGUCCAAGACCCUGCUCAGCCUGGGCGGGGCAUCGCUGGGCCAGUCGGCCGCCUCCUCCUUCCUGUCGGAGGCCACGGCCGUGUCCCCAGGGGCCGGCGGCGGCACCCUGAGCUGCACACUGGACCUGGGCUCGCUCACCUUCAGCGAGCUGGCCGACGACCCGACCGCCUCCAUCUUCCACACGGCGCUCAUGGCCGACAUGGGCCUGGGCGACAUCCUGAUGGACGACGGCAUCGGGCUGGCGCUCUCGCCGGUAGGGGGCGCCGACCCGCUCCUCUCCUCCGUCUCGCCGGGCGCCUCCAAGACCAGCAGCCGCAGGAGCAGCUUCAGCAUGGAGGAGGACUUGUGAUGGAGAGACCGGGGCGUAGUGGUGUCACGUGAUGUGAACUGACACGAACUCAGAAUCACGAGGCCAUUCCACCCUCCCCUGGGGGGUGACGCCAUGGAGACGUCGUGCUCAGAUGUCCCCCAAUCAUGUUGAGUUUUUGGGCCAACUGUAGCGCAGUGGACCUUCUGGCAUAUUCUGAUGGUGCUGUGUUUUAGCAGAACUGCCCCCCCUUCAUCCCCCUACACUCUCUGCUCCUGUCCUGGCUCUGUAGUCUCCUGUUGGCCACUCACCACUGCAGCACAACUUUCAUAACCAAUGCAAUGCAGAUUUUUCUUUCAGUUUUUUUUUAAAAAACCUGUUAGGUUUCUUAGUGAUUGAUGUAUAUGUGAUGUAAAUUAGACGUACAAAGACCACAGAAUUAGAGACAACCAAUUCAGAAAGCCCCUUGUUUCUUGUUUCUCUAAUUUCACUGUUCAGCUUUAAACCUUGGUCUGAGCACCCUAUUCACUGUAUACACAAGCCAACAAUGCUUUUGUUUUCAGGACACACCUGUCUUCACUCUGUUUCAGCAAAGUGGAGACAGAGCAGAAAAUCUGAUAUUGUGUGGGGUCUGACCGAGCACCAGGCAUCAUCUUUAUAUCAUGUACACCCUAGCUGUAUUUGUUACUUCAUCAUGAUGAACAUACAGCUGCUUUCUUUUGCUGGGAAAGCCAAUUUACGUAAAAGGGAUAGAUCAGCAUUUAAGAAUCAGAACGUACACACACAACCAGUCUUUAAAAAAAAUAAGCCUUUUUUUUUUAAAAGCCGUCUGUGAAGGCGUAACCACGGUGUGCGCACGUUCAGUAGAAGACGUAUGUGUAGAAUCCUCAGGGAAAAAAAAGAACAGAGACAUGAACUUCCUGUUCAGCUGUCUUUUUUCCCCAUUUUCACCUCUCUCUUUUUUUUUAGUCUGCUGGGAAAUUGUUUAGUGUGCAUCUUUCCUGUGGAUUUCGCUGGAGCCGAGAGGCGGUGAUGGCGAAGCAGAGGCUGUGUGUGAGAUGGGGAGAGAGAGGGAGAGAGAGAGAGAGAGAGAGAGAGAGAGAGAGAGAGGGGUUUACACAUGAGGGAGAAUGUGACAGUAGACAGAGCUGCAGAACAUCUCACAUUAUAGACCCUCAGAGUUUGUCAUUUGUGGUAGCGAUGCCCGUUGCAUUAUCAUUUGUAUUUGUAAUAUUCUCUGUUGUUUUUUAUAUAGUAUAUUUUCUUAACCCUUCAACCUGUAAAUGGUGGUCUUACAUGAAUUCACUUUUGCCCAUGAUGACAUAUACUAGAUUAGGCUCAGGAUUUUGGUCUUUGAUUGCUGGUAAUUGUCUGGCACACCAUACAAAUUUGUAUUCAGUUCACCCUGAGCAUCCACAUUCCUGAUUGACAAGCACCUAAAUGGAAAAAAUGUCCACAACAGCGAUCCUUAUGAAUCUCAGUCAUGUCCCUGCCUGAAUCAUGCCCCUGUGCAUAAUCCUGUCCUGCACUGUUUGUGUAGAAACACUUUUGGUCUGUGUCUGAGCUGAGUAGCUGUCAGAUGCGUCAAAUUCCAGUCUUUAAAGCUGCUGUAAGCAGUUCCUUGUAACUCCAUCCAGAUGCGGGGUACCCUCUCCUCUCCUCUCCUCUCAGUGUGCUGUGGACAUGCAAAAUAAUUGCCAGGCAAGUCUUCUCAGAGGUUUCCAGAGUUUGACAGUGUUGAGAUUUGAGAGAGUUAGUUGAGAGUCCCAGAGACCUUACGUUUUUCUCCGAACAUUUAGUUUCUAGUUAGCUCUGGCAAUGUAUGGCUAACCAGCUUAAUGAGGCUGCUCUAAACAACGGUUGCCUACGGUAACUUUGGCCACAGACUGUCCAGCUCAAUCAUUCCCCUUUGCUGUUUUCUUGUACGGAUGUUAGCUCUCCAUGCAUGUUCCCAGCAUAAUAGCUCUAACUGAAAUAGUUACGUAACAUAACACUGGUAUUGCAUAGCCCUGACUAGCUGGGAAUCUAGAGACUUGUGUGCAGUUGUACCACUCCCAUGAUGCAUAGUCAUGAUCUGACACCGAGAUGUUUUUAUAUAUAUGUGUGGUUUAAAUGGUGCUGGUAUUUUUUUGUUUUUGUUUCCACACAAGUCAAUCUUUGAGUUGUAAAACAGUUUUAUCUUUCAGUUGGGUGUAUAAAUUGCCGUUUUUUUACAAUAUUGUUGUUUUUACACGUCCUGCAUUUCUGUGUCACCAUUUUUAUCCAGGAUCACAGUUUGCAUGCAGAAUUUACGAGUUUUUCCAAGUGGGCCUAUUCGAAUGACCAACAGGUUGCUCUUGAGGGAGAGAGAGAGAGAAGUCUUGUUCAAAGCCAGAUCAGUGCCAUAACAGCACUGAACAGAUCAUGUGUCAGAGGACACUGAAAACAUGGCCAGCACAAAACCUCCAAGACCUGUUUUGUUUUUUUCAGAAAUUACUCAGCUAAAUAAAGGAGAGGCCUGUCUUCAGUUCCCUGGUCAACACACUAGGACAGCUAGUUCCUCUGUUCUUGGCUGUCCACCCAUGUUGUAUAGCUUGUGUUUGUAUGUUUGAACUUAUUGUCUCAUUCUGUGAAAAGCAAUAUGAAUGGAGGACGAGGAUAGCCAACACUUUUAUGUGUAAUUGUAAUAGCACUUGUGAAGACAAUUACAUAUAUUUUUUUAAAAUCCUCCCGUUAACAUUAACAAAGAAGAGUAUUUUUAUUCCAUUCCUUAGUGUAUAUAUAUAUAUAUAUCACAAAAUGCCAUUAUCUACUGAAAAUGAAUUAUACCAUUCAAUAAUGAAUUGUGAACAAUAUAGUAAUCAAUAUAUGUAGUCUUAAAGAUAAUAAUCAUAGUUUGUUAGAAAACAAAGUUUAUUUUCUUUAAUACUGUUUCAUUGUGUAGGUGAGAGUCUGAGAGAUUUUUCCCUUGAAUAGUUUUAUGAACAGUGAGGUUCUAAAUGCAGGACAUUUCAGGAGAGCCCAUAUAGUCCAAAGGGAAAGCCUUCCAUGGGGCGUGUUUGUGUGCAGUUAGUGUGAGUGAGCGCUGUCUUGCGGUCCUCCAAUCUCUACGCUUAAGGCCGAGUUCACCCACUCAAACGCAAGCAAUGAUGUCAUUGGCACAGCCUCUGUGUUGUGGCCUGCCUGCCUGCCUUCCCCUGCACACACAGCAUGGUGGUUUAAGUGGUGUGCUCUCCAAAAAAGAAGAGAGACAGUGAGCAAGUUUCUAUGCAAUUGUUGCAAACUGUGAUGGUUUGUGUGGUCACGGUCAAGUCACACCGUGUAUUUGCUGCAGUCACAUGUCUUACUUUGCUGAUUUCACACCAACGUCGGUUACUUGUUUUCAUGGCACAUAAUGUGGACAAUAUCCAAUGUUGUUAGGAAAACCCUUAAGCGAGGCAUUUACUAUGGAAUGUGACAUCAUGAAUACCUUUUUUAAAAAAAAAAAAUUUAAGAAAAAGUAAUGAUUCAUUGAAAACAAAAAUGUUGUAUCAACUGAAGUGGCAUUUCUCCCCUAUAAGACAUUUAAAAAAAAAAAUGUUAAUCAAGACACCUUUACAAAUAUGUGUAAAAUAUGUGUGUGUCCUGGCUGUAAUGUGCUAUUAACGUGUACUACAACAAAGAAAAUCAUCAUAUCUUCAUGAUGUACGCUAGACAUGGGAUCAGGACUGUAGUGAAACCAUAUGAGAUGUGGUAAUGUUUACUUUUCAUAUCUGUUUUGCAUUUUGAGUUGUAUUUUAUGAUAAUCAUAUGCAGUGCACAAGUGAAACCUCUGAGACAUGAAAGGGAAUUUUUUUAUGUCUUCUGUCUGUUGUCUUAUUCUUUCUCUCAGUUCUGCUUUGGAGCGCGGUUGCUGUCAUAUGCUGUUAGCACCGCAGCGACGUGACAGUGAUUUUCAAUUCCCUUGGUUUUAGUCACUGUGUAGGUUAUUUUUUACCUUUUAUGUAAAUGAGCAAUUAAAAAUGAAAUGAAAUUUCCAUUUUC